CGGGGCACGCCGGGAAGAUGGAGAACUUCUCGGCGCUGUUCGGCGGGGCCGAGCCGCCGCCUGCUGCCGCGGCCGCCGCCCUGGGCUUCGGGCCUGCCAAGGCGCCGGGCACCGGGGCUGCGCCUCCCCCCGCCGCCGCCGCGCCGCCACCGGGCGAGGACGCGACUCGCAAGGCCGCCGCUGGCCCCUUCUACCUGCUGCGGGAGUUACCAGGCACCACGGAGCUGACGGGCAGCACCAACCUGAUCACGCACUACAACCUGGAGCAUGCCUACAACAAGUUCUGCGGCAAGAAGGUGAAGGAGAAGCUAAGCAACUUCCUGCCCGACCUGCCUGGCAUGAUCGACCUGCCCGGCUCCCACGACAACAGCAGCCUGCGCUCCCUCAUCGAGAAGCCCCCCAUCUGCAGCAGCUCCUUUACCCCUCUUACGGGCACCAUGCUGACCGGCUUCCGCCUCCACGCCGGCCCGCUGCCUGAGCAGUGCCGGCUGAUGCACAUCCAGCCGCCCAAGAAGAAGAACAAGCACAAGCACAAGCAGAGCCGAACCCAGGAUCCCGUUCCCCCAGAAACCCCCUCAGACUCCGACCACAAGAAGAAAAAGAAGAAAAAAGAGGAGGAUCCAGAAAGGAAGAGGAAGAAGAAAGAGAAAAAGAAAAAGAAGAACCGGCACAGCCCAGAGCACCCAGGGGUAGGCAGCUCCCAGGCCAGCAGCAGCAGCAGCUUGCGGUGAGGCUGUACCAGUGCUACCCCAGGGAGCCUCCUGCCAACAGGACUGACCUGGGCUAACGUAGGAGGGGCUGACCCCUCCUGCAGCACUCGGUGGGGGGCUCGGGCUGGCCUGUUUCCCCCCCAGGCAGAGAGGACACUCACAGCCCCCACCUGCGGCGUGCAGGCAGCUGGGACCAGGGGACAAAGGCACCGCUGGCCACAGCCUUUUAUACCAACCCCCCCCCCCGGCACAUCGGGACAGGACAGCUCUUUUUUAAUCACCUUUUAAUUAAAGUCUCUGCCUGAGGAAGGGUGGUGGCAGUGGCAGCUGCCCCCCUCAGUAUCGUGGCAAGGUGAAUUGAGCAGGGUGGCUCCAUGGGGUGCUAUGGCCUAGGACAGAAGGUUGUGGGCGAUACCACCCCUCACCAUCACCCUGCACAGCGGCUCGUGUGCCAUCUGCUGCCUGCACAGUGGGGAGGGCAGGAUCCUGCCUCAGUUCUGCCUGCAGAGCUGGUAGGGGCUCUGUGCUCCCCUACCUUGUGAGGACAGGAAUGGCCCCCAAAAGGCCCUGCGUCCGCAGACAGCUGCCAGCCAAGCACCUGGGACUGCAGCUGUGCACAGCAGGAGCUCCAGAAGCAGUCGCGGCACAGCACCGAGGUCCUUCGGCCCCAG